UGGCGUCUGCCCAGUUGGUUGGAAGCGUCUGCCUAGUUGGUUGGAGGCCUACUGAUCGGCGGAUUGGAAGUAUGUACAUAAGGUACAUAACAAGCUCCCCCAAGCUUCCCCGCCAAACCCCGCCAAACCCCGCCAGCCUUUGUUUCCCCACACGCCACGAUGCCGCCACCACCAGUAACAGCCGCGGCCGCCACCGCGGCCGUCUACUUCUCUCAGUUCAUGGUAACGCAACAAGUGUUCUACCGCACGGCGUCCUCCUUCGCGAUCGUGAACCUCAAGCCGCUGCUUCCGGGGCACAUCCUUGUGUGUCCACUGCGCGUGGUCCCGCGCAUGCACGACCUCCGCUCCGACGAGGUCGCGGACCUGUUCCUGACCGUGCAGAAGAUCGGGGCCGCGCUCGAAAAGAUCUACAAGGCCGAGGGCCUCAAUAUCGCGAUACAGGACGGGCCGGUGGCCGGGCAGUCAGUGCCGCACGUACAUGCGCACAUCAUCCCACGCCAUAGAGACGACCUGCCGGAAGAUGCGAUCUACAAGAUGCUCGAGAGCGAUGAGGCCGAUAUCGGCCGCGCGCACGGGCAGGCGAGCGGUGUCGACACGCCGAGUACGCGCCAGCUGGCGAGGGACAUAGGGAAGGAUUUGGAUGGCGCCGGUGAACUGAGUAUGGACGCGCUGAAGGGCCGCGGACGGUUCCCGUCGGUCCAGCCGGAUACCGAGCGUCCUCCCAGGACUGAGGAGGUGAUGAAGGAGGAGGCUAAGUGGUUGGCCGGUAAGCUGGCGGCGAUGGGCUUGUAAUCAGGGUGACGGGUUGCGGGUGGCGGGUCGGAGUUGAAAUACCAUAUACAUGAAUGAUUUCUCCUAGAGCUUGGUAUGCGUGACUCUCGAGGGUUGGAUGUGUAGAUAACUCUCACGCAACACCACAUAGACAUGAAUGACUUCUCGCAGUGCUUUAGAUUCCCGCGGUUUGGACGUGCAUAUGACUAUCGCGAAAUACUACGUGUACACAUAAUGAGUUCUCCCAGAGCUCAGUAUUCGCGAGGGUUAGACGUGUGGAUGACUACCGCGAAAUACCACAUAAACAUGAAUGGCUUCUUCCAGAGCUUAGAAUGCGCGAGGAUGACUAUCGCGAAAUG